AUGUUUGAUCUCGAGGACAAUAAUCCAUUACUUCCUGCAUCUCAAUCAGAUAACGAAGGAUCCAUUUAUGGACAAGAAUUGAAUUGUCCCAAUUCAAGACAAGUAUGGAGAAUUUGUAAAAACUUGAAAUUAUUAAUAGAUAAAGUUGUGCCCAUUCUUUUCGAUAAGGAAGAAAUUUUAAGACCGGACUCGUCUAUCUUGAACGAUAAUGUUAUUGAAUUAUGUUACACUGCUGCUGGAGGUAAAGGAGACGGGAAAGAAGGCACAUCAUCUCGCAAAUAUCGUGCAUGUUUGGUGUUCUGUUUAUUGAAAGUAUGUGAUUGGUAUUGGCAACAAAGUGAAUAUGAAUUGAGUGACAAUGAAUUGUAUUCAUUACGUGCAUUGAGUGCUCAAACUUUGGCUGCUAUAAUUAUUGAACGAGAAAAUGAUGAAAAGUAUCUAUUCUUGAGUAUGUUGUGUCAUAGAUAUACAAUUUGUUUGAAUGGUGAAGAUUCGGAGCCAAUCAGUGCUUUAGAAUUGGCAGUGGAUAUGCAUUCAACGACAGUUAUAAGUUCCUCAGGGUAUCAAAGAUGUAUCAAAUGGUUAUGGAGAGGUUGGAUUGUUCAAUCAUCCUCCGAUCCCCAUUCGUAUGUAUUGUACAAGGGAGUUGCUUCUCAUUCCGUUAGGACUCAUUUUGAUCCAGCAAGACUCAAGACUCCAUUGUAUCAAAAUAUAUUGGAAGUGUUUUUCAGUUUUGUUUACUUGGUGCUUUACUCGAUCAUAUUGAAUACCAACUCAAAAGAAUUCUCCUAUUUGAAUGUUUUUGAAGUGAUAUUUUAUUUGUGCACAUUGGGAUCUGUUUUGGAUGAAUGCGUCAAGUUUUACCAUGUUGGAUGGAACUAUUUGGGAUUUUGGAACGCAUUCAAUGAUUCAAUGCAUGCUAUCAUUACCAUUUCUAUUGGUUUUAGAUUUGCCAGUAUCAAUGCACACGGUGCGUUGAGAGAUAGAUAUGAUGAAAUAUCUUAUCGAUUAUUGAGUUGCGCUGCACCUUUUAUGUGGUCAAGAUUAUUGUUGUUCUUGGACGCAGAAAAAUUUGUUGGUGCCAUGAUGGUUGUAUUGAAGGUUAUGAUGAAAGAGUCAAUCUUGUUCUUUGUCUUAUUAGGUGUUGUUAUCAUUGGAUUCUUGCAAGGUUUUCUUGGUUUGGAUGCUUCAGAUGGGGAAAGUGACGCUACAAUGAAGAUUUUACGCUCAUUAUUCAAGGGCGUUAUUGGUGAUUCCUCUUUUGAUGAAAUGGGGAAAUUGGUACCACCUUAUGCUUCAGUUCUUUAUUACAUCUACUCAUUUUUGCUUAGUGUUAUUUUGAUGAAUAUCUUGAUUGCAUUGUACUCCACUGCUUAUGCUGCAGUCGUUGAUAAUGCAAAUGAUGAGUACUUGGCUUUACUUGCACAAAAGACCUUGAGAUAUGUUAGAGCGCCCGAUACCAACAUAUAUGUACCCCCGUUAAAUUUGAUUGAAAUAACUAUAACACCAAUCAGUUGGGUUACAUCAAAAAGAACUUUUAGGGUUGUCAACUACUAUGUGAUGCUUGUGAUGUAUGCACCUUUGUUGCUCUACAUCACUAGCGUGGAGUUAACAGCAGCAAGAAGAAUCGCAUACAACAGAUACAAGCAUCUACCUGAUGAUGCUAACGAGCACGACACAGAAUGGGACUUGACUGAUGGGUUUGGCGAGGAAAGUGACGGAAAUGACUCUUCACAACUACACAGCACUCCAUUGGACGGAGUCAGGGCUCGUACUUCUGAGAUAAAUGAUGAAUUGAGAUUACAAAUGGCUAGUGAAAGGGAAGAUGGUGAGUUUAUGAUCAAUUUGAACGAAUUUGAGAAAAAAGUUGAAGGUGUUGCUAAACCGGUUAAGGAAGCAACUAAAGUUGGCUUGAAUUGGCAAUUUUUCGAUUUGUAUAAAAAGAUCGAUAAAUUAACUGAAAUGGUUGAGUUGGUUAUUACCGAAAACAAGGAAUUGAAAAACAAAUUGGAAGCCAAAUCAGAUAAGUGA